AUGGGCAUUUUGGGAAUAAUAGAGCCGGAUCAAUAUUUGGCCCGAUUUUCGAAAGAGAGCAAGCGCGAUGAAAGCCUUCCCUACAUCAUGCACAAGCCAGAUCGACUCUUGAUCCAUCUUCUCAUCGCUGUUUAUGCUCUUGCUUCGGCCGGAGCGGUGACAGUAGGAUUGGAUCUCUACAGAAAGAGUGGCCUUACAUUCGUCAAUCCAAAAGUCAACGGAUCCAAAGUCUACGAUACCGAGGAAGUUUCCGAGAUGCUGGAUUACUGCUGGUCGCAUUUUAAUCAUAUGGACGAAACUAGCGAGAUCCAUCAGUUGUGGCAUUUUCGGUUGUUCCCGUACAUGUUGGUCGUCGUAACGAUAAUGGUCUCAAUCUCUCAGAUCAGCUGGAGAGCAACAAACUUCGACGAAGCCAUCCACGCAUUGGACUACAUCAUCGACGGCUUGGAAGAAUCCAUCAAAGAUGUCGUUCAUCAAAUGCAAGACGCGGUGAAAAACUCUCAAAAGUCAGCAACUGAAAUCGAUGGCUGCAUUUCCCCGACGACAGAAAUUUCCAGCGAUGAGAAUUCAGGGGCUUUUCUCGUCAAAUCCACGUCGAAAGACACCUUCGAUUCUCAGUCUUCAAGGCCCUUCAAAGAAGACAAGCAAACUUACGGCUCGUUCAAAGGGAAACGAAACAGUGAAAGUAAUUAUGUCACCUUUGACAAAGCCUACAGACAAGCAGCUGAAGAUAACGACUGGAAGUUCUCGAAUUUCAACAAAAUUCUCCGAAAAUAUCACGGCCGAAGUCGUUUCCGAACAAAAUUCGCGCUUCUCCGAGGACUAACUUUCCUCCUUGUUUUCUUCGCCAAUUUCUUCAUUUACUACCAGCUAAUUGCGCCAGCUAGAAAUCCUUCGACAAUCUUUUGCCCGAUUCCGUCCGAAUUUUAUGAUAUCCAUGGAGUAGAGCGGGAAAAUUUUGAAUUUUCGAAUACAGAGACUCGAGUAUUGCUUGCUCUCGUGACCUUUUCCGUGAGCACAGCAGUUUUGGCUGGAGGAAUCGUCAUGUGGAUGAUGACACCUGCCUGGGAUAAUGGAGGAAUCAAGCUUGUUGAGGUUCUGCCAGUCGUUACUGACGAAAAGAUCAAAAGAAUGCGACGCGGCCGAUGGAACGAUCUCAUUUACCUCCUCUCCCUCGUCCAUGUAAAUCGUUUCCGAUCCCUUCAACUUCGCCUGGCUUUCUACGUCCUCGCAGUUUCUGAGCAGCUUCCCCUAAAAGCUGAUGAUGACGAAGUUCUCUUUUCAGAACUCGAGUUGAGGAAGAAAAACUUCAUCAAAGUUCUCAUGGAACUGAUGAACUGGCCGUCGGAAAAAGACGAUGAAAUUAGCGAAAAAAUGUCUGCACUCGCAAAUAAUUUAAACUGA